CGCAAUCCUUCCAGCUAUAUACCAUACUAGCUCGCAUUGGCCUCCUCCCAACGCCGCGCGUGCAUGCAGGGAUAGUUAACCCCACCAAGCUACCAAGCUCCCAGCUACCCCGCAGUUCGAACAACCAACGACGUGGACGCCGUUUGCACCUCCCUCCACUCUGGACGAGAUGCAAACGAACGGGACAGCUCACGGACUCGGCAGUGCGACAGCCGACUACGGAAGCAGUGGCUGAAGGGAGGAGUGAGGGGAUGAACAGAUGCGGGGACGAGAUUGAGGGGAAACGAAAGAGGAUGGAGAGGCGAUGAGGGUGAGGGUAUAAGUCCGUCGAUGAUCCCCGAGGAAGAAGAGAUCCUCAGCCAGCAACUCGCAGUUCACAGUCCUCAGUCUCCAAGCAACCAACACACUCCGCAGCCAAAACCACCUAUUCAAACAACCACCCCAAACCAAACAUGCCCCAGACCACCGCCACCGCUCCCGCAGGCAGCAACGUCAAGCAGCAAGCUGCCGGCCGCGACAACACCGACACCGCCAACUCCAACAACUCGGCGCCCAACCAGAGCGGCAACACGCACACGUGGAGCAGCAACAACGUCACCGGCAGCAACAACCGGACCGACUCCAACGACAGACACGACGACUACAGCAAACACGACGACAACACCAAGAACACACAGCUGCACAACACCGGCGAAGGCUCGCAGAAGUUCGGAAACCUCAAGUUCUAGUUGUCCGUGCGGUGAGUGCGAAGGAAUGGGUGCAAUGCAGUUUCAGAAGAGAGGGGUCAUGUAGCGGAGGUGUGCGCACGCGAAAGACUCUGAGACUGAAUCUUGUG